CCCACCCCCACUGCACCUGGGACUGGUCACUGUCGGGAAUGAAAACGACUCGGCAGUGGACGAACGGGCCUUUGCCGUUCUUGCAGCUGUCACACUCGCCGCCAACAGGCGCAGUCACGCCGCACACUUGGCCGAUCACAACGCGCAACGGGUUGCCGGGACGUGCAAAGCGCUGCAGGGCGGACCGAUCCGGGCGCCAAUCGAUCGUAGAGCGCAGCGGAAUCAUACGGGCGAAACGCCCGUCAAGUUUGUCACGGCUCAUAGAGCCCAAGUAUGGCAUGCCGUCCGUGGCAAUGUUGAGUUUAUCUGCCCAAGAAUGUGAAUACGGACCCGAAAAUAGGCGCAUAGGCGCGCAUCAACGCAGACCUGAAAAUCACAUACCCGAAAGAGUCUGGCCGUCAAUGUAUGCCGUCAACUGCGCAUCCGUCCGCAUCGCAACGGCGGGACCGAGGUCGGUGCUAUCUCCGAGAGCAGUCAUUCGCGGUUCAGCGCGACCAGUUUCGUCAAGAACAGUUGUCAGAAGCGCGGGGAGUGUGUUCGGAGCGGGGGAAGCGAUUUUCGCAGGCACAGGACCGUCCAUAGGGGCGUCUGUGGCCAUG